AUGCCUCUACGGACAGGAGUCAGCCGGUCUCGCAACGGUUGUCUGACAUGCAAGAUACGAAGAGUGAAAUGCGAUGAAGAAAAGCCCACCUGCCGACGAUGUCGAUCCACUGGCCGAAAGUGCGAUGGCUACGCCAGCCCCUCCUCUAGCACUCGUCGCCAAUCGACCGAUCUACGGAUUAUUCAAUAUACGUCGCAGGUACCCGAGCCAAUGAAGAUGAGCAUGUUCCCUUCGUUUCACCAGCCGCUAGCAGGGUGUGACUACCGUGCGCUGGAGUUUUUCCACUUUCAGACCGUCUCCUGCUUCGGACCCAAGGCCGGGGACUUUCUUCUUCGUGCAGCCUACCAUGACGCGCCUGUGCGGGUGGCUGCCACUGCGCUAGGGUCGUUACAUCGCGCCUUUGUGCGUGACGGUGAUGGGCCGGCCGUGGCGCAAUCCGGACUGACUCGGUAUGCAUUGCAGCAGUACAGUUCUGCCAUCCACCUGGCUCUUAACCAGAUCCCUGUCACGGAGGGACAAAGCACUGACAGCAUACUUAUCAUGUGUGUGCUUUUUUUCUGCUUCGAGAGUCUGCAAGGCCACUUUCGAAAUGCGGUCCAGCACGGCAUAGCCGGCCUCCGAAUCCUCAGGCAACGGGAAGAGCGCUUCCUGAACGAAGGAAUCGUAGCCCGUCUUCCCCCGAGCAUUGUUCGCUUGAUGUUUGUCACCAUUGAGAAUCAAAUGCUCGAAAUAGACUGGCAAUCGUACCUGCCUGUCUCCAUCCAGUCAACCCUUCUGUCUCCCUCCAAACUGCCUCCAGUCAACCUGGACGACACUCCGACGCUCGAACAGCUCAGUGAUUCUUUUCAGUUUUGCUACAACCAGUAUCUCAAGUUUCUAUACCUAUCCCAGAGACUCGAAAGUGCGGAGCUGGUCCAGAUUCUUCAGCAGAACCAGGCAUACUAUGCCCAGAUGCGACAGCACAUGCAUGCCUGGUCGGACAAGUUCGACGCAUUCCUCGGAGCCCACGUGCAAACCGACCAGAGUGAAGCCGACCGCGUGACAAUCAAUCAUCUGAAGAUGUGGCGGAAGGUGAUGGGCAUCUUCUUGAAUAUGGAUGCGUCGUCGUCAGAGGGCGUACUUGACCGGUUCGCCUCUGAAUUCGGGGCGAUCUUAUGUCUGGCGGAGGAUCUUAUAAAUUCCUCUUCUUGCACACCUGCUUCAAGGUCGAAGCCCUCUGUCAGGGUUCAACCAUCUCGACAACAACAGAAAACCCUUCCCACAAUCCUCCCCAAGCCUGAAUCCUCCUCAUCAUCGUCAUCCUCCUCCUCCUUCUUCGUCGUCUCGCUAGGACUCGUCCCCCUCCUCUGGAUCAUCGCCACAUCGUGUCGACAUUCGCAAAUCCGCCACCGAGCCAUCGACCUGAUGAGCCGCAGUCGCCGGCGCGAAGGUGUAUGGGACUCGGUGCUGUUCUCGACGCUGGCGCGAAAAAUGGUCACUAUGGAGGAAGAGGCUGCUGGAUUCGCAAAGGGAGCCAUGUACGAGCCGGCGGAUCUGCCUAUUUCUGCCCGGACUAAUGCUGUUGCUGGUGAGUUUUGCGAGGGUCGACAGGGGAAGAUUGAGUUCUUUCGGAAUGGGACCAAGCUCCGGGAGGAGGUUAUACAGUGGUGA